GACGGCUACAGCAACUCCUCCUUCCGCCUACUCUUCUACCCCUCUGUCUCUCGCUCUCUCUAUCUGUCUCUCUCUCACAUCGUUUCAAAGUAAAAAAAACAUUAGAAUAUAAAGAAGGAAGACUGUUUCCACUUCUAUAAUUCAUUCCUAUUCACUUUUUCGUCAACUUCCAAUUCGAAGAUUCCACUAUUCGCUUCCUUUUCUUUGGUUCUAGUUCAAUUUUGGUGGCUACGACGGUGCUAAUUCAUAUCAAUUGAGAAAUUUUGAAUCACUAAUCGAACCUUCAGCUCUGAUUUCUGUGAAAGAUAUAGACACAGAUAUAUGUAUAAGUAAUAUCAUAUAUAUACAUAUAUGUAAUGGCGGCAUCAGGCGGAGCUAGGGACGCUGCACGGCAGCUGAGGGCGGCUGCGGAGGCGGCGAUUGAGUCGAUCGGGUUGGGAUACGACCUUGCCUUGGAUUUGAGGCUCAAGUACUGCAAAAAACACUCCGAUGCCGAUUCGCGCCUCAUCACCAUCGAUCACGAUGAUAAGGUUCGUGAUAUCGCCAUUCCCGGAGGUAUUUUGGUCCAAAAUGUCUCCAAAUCCAUCAAGUGCGAUAAAGGCGAAAGGAUGCGAUUCAGCUCCGACGUUCUCUCUUUCCAACAGAUGUCAGAGCAGUUUAACCAGGAACUCUCCCUUUCUGGUAAAAUUCCAACGGGCCAUUUCAAUGCUGCAUUUGAAUUUAGUGGUUGUUGGCAGAAGGAUGCUGCCAACACUAAAACUCUUGCUUUUGAUGGGGUCUUCAUAACACUCUAUAGCAUUGUGCUAGAAAAAUCCCAAGUAACACUACGGGAUCACAUUAAAGAAGCUGUGCCAUCAUCAUGGGAUCCUGCUGCAUUGGCAAGGUUCAUUGAGAAGUUUGGUACCCAUGUUAUCGUUGGUAUCAAGAUGGGAGGAAAGGAUAUUGUAUAUGUGAAGCAGCAACAUUCGUCACCUCUGCAACCUGCUGAUGUACAGAAAAGAUUAAAGGAUGUGGCAGACAAGACGUUUAGUGAUGUAACUGGACAGUAUGGUACCGAGCCUCGAAAGCAUGAGAUCAAGGAUGAUGGGCUGAACUUCAUGGACAACAGUAGCUUUAGUUCUUACUCUUCACAAGAGGAUAUUACAUUCAUCUGGAAGAGGAGAGGUGGAAAUAAUUAUAAAAAAUUACCCCAUGAUAAGUGGUGUCAGACUGUCCAACUCGAACCUGAUGUGAUCUCAAUGACCUUCAUUCCAAUCUCCUCAUUAUUGAGUGGACUUCAUGGGAGUGGAUUCUUGAGCCAUGCUAUUAAUCUCUAUCUACGUUACAAACCUCCAAUUGAAGAACUUUAUCAGUUCUUGGAGUUUCAACUUCCAAAGCAGUGGGCACCAGUAUAUGGUGAGCUUGCCCUUGGUCCUGAGAGAGAGCAGCAAAGUGGUGCAUCUUUACAGUUCAGCUUUAUGGGUCCGAAGCUCUAUGUUAACACGACUCUGGUAGAUGUGGGAAGGAGGCCAGUCACGGGGCUUCGACUCUAUUUGGAAGGGAAAAAAAGCAACUGCUUAGCGAUCCAUUUGCAGCAUCUUUCCUCUCUACCAAAGAGCUUCGAACUUCAGGAAGAGCUGAACGGCAACAACUCCAGUAACUCAAACAACCGUAGGUACUACGAAAAGGUCAAGUGGAAGAGCUUCUCUCACGUAUGCACCGCCCCGGUUGAAUCCGACGAGGACCUUUCCAUUGUAACCGGGGCCCAGUUCGAAGUAAGGGAAUCCGGAUUAAAAAAGGUUCUCUUUUUAGGUCUCCAUUUUUCUAAGGUUAUUGGCGCUGUAGUCGUGAAGGCACCUACUUGGGAUGGAUCUCUGGCUCUGGCUCAAAAGUCCGGAAUUAUAUCAACCCUGAUGAGCACACAUUUCUCAACGCCUGCUCAAAAACCACCUCCUCGCCCAUCUGACAUAAACAUAAACUCCGCUCUGUAUCCUGACGGCCCACCCACUGCGGCACAGGCGCCUAAACUUCUGAGGUUUAUCGACACGAAAGAGAUGACGAGAGGUCCUCAAGACCCACCUGGGUACUGGGUUGUGUCCGGAGCGAGACUUGUGGUUGACAAGGGUAAGAUAUCUCUCCAUGUUAAGUAUUCUCUAUUGACUGUGGCUUUGCCUGAUGAAGAAGUGCAAUUGCAGUACUAGAAAGAUUAAUUGGUACAAAAUUGGAGAACUGGACUGUUGAAAACAAACAUUACAGGAGGUGCGUGAGAGAAAAUUCUUUUCUUUUACAAUAGUUGCUAAAAACAAAAAUUUCUUUUACAAAUUGUGUUCAAGAAUUUGUCAGAAAUGUAAGUGGGAGAUUUGCUGUAGUGUUUGUAUAGUGAAUUUUUUUGUGUGAAAAUUGCUCUUUAUUCUUGUGCACAUCAUUCAUGCUGUUGCGACUAUUAUGUUGUGUUAGAUUUGUAAAAGGGAUUUGCGGAGGCGAAAGAAAA